AUGAAGUCUUCUAUCAGCCCGACCAAGGCGUUCCUGGGGCGCCUCGGCCGGGGUUGGCGGAUUGGUGGCCCCGGCACCCCCCCUGAGCCGGGUCCGGGCUCCCCUCCCGCCCAGGACUCUCCCCCCCCCGCCGCUGGCAAGUCGGCCAGCCUGGAAGCCCUGAGCCCCGCGUACCAGACGGAAGGCUCCGACCCGCUGGACGAGGAGCUGUGCGCUCUGCCCCUGGCCUUUGGCCCCGCCGACCUGGAGACCCUGGCCGAGGCCCGCACCGGCGUACUGGAGGCGGUCAGCGAGAAGCUGUCGGCCCACGUGCUGGCCAACUACGACCGCUUCGUGGGCGGGGUGGAGGGCGUGACGCGCGUGGAGGUGGACGUGCAGGCCGCCUACUCUGCGGCGCGCAUGGCGCGCGAGCGGCUGGCCCUGGCGCUGGCGGCCCUGGGCGCCACCAUCCGCAUCGCGGAGGACACGAGGAGGAAAGGGAGCCUGGCCGCGCUGCUGCAGACCGCGGGGCGGCUGCAGCAGGUCGCCGGCCUGCUGGCCGCCGUCAGGUGA